AUGGCGAAAGCAGUUGGGGUUCUACUUCUUGUGGCUACCAUCAUAAAUUUGUCUUCCCAACAAGCCACUUUCACAAUUACCCCAACUGAGACAAAUGUAGGAACAACUGGAAAAUUACAGUCACAAAUUGUUAUUUUCUUUAUUUUCUUUUUUCCAUUCUUUGUUUCUUCCUUAUUUUCAUCCCUUGUUUGUUUUUACGUCCCUCACUUGUUUCUUUUUUCGCCGCUUGUUUCUUUUUUCGUCCCUUGCUUCUUUUUUUCGUCCCUUGCUUCUUUUUUUCGUCCCACGCCAGUUUCUUUUUUUUCGUCCCUCGACUGUUUCUUUUUUUUUUUCGUCCCUCGACUGUUUCUUUUUUUUUUCGUCCCUCGACUGUUUCUUUUUUUUUUCGUCCCUCGCUUGUUGUUUUUUUUUUUUUCGUCCCCCUGUUUCUUUUUUUUUUUCCGUCCCUGUUUUUUUUUUUUUCGUCCCUCGCCUGUUUCUUUUUUUUUUUCCCCUCGCCUGUUUUUUUUUUUUUUUUCCCUCGCUUCUGUUUUUUUUUUUUUUCGUCCCUCGCAUCUUUUUUUUUUUUUUUUUUUUUCGUCCCUCGCUUUUUUUUUUUUCGUCCCUCGCCUGUUUCUUUUUUUUUUCGUCCCUCGCCUGUUUCUUUUUUUUUUUUUUCGUCCCUGUUUUUGUUUUUUUUUUUCGUCCCUCGCCUGUUUUUUUUUUUUUCGUCCCUCGCCUGUUUUUUUUUUUUUUCUUGUUUUUUUGUUUUUUUUUUUCGUCCCCGCCUGUUUUUUUUUUUUUUUUCGUCCCUCGCCUGUUUUUUUUUUUUUCCUCGCCUGUUUUUUUUUUUUUCGUCCCUCGCCUGUUUUUUUUUUUUCGUCCCUCGCCUGUUUUUUUUUUUUUUUUUUCGUCCCUCUUUGUUUUUUUUUUUUUUUUCGUCCCUCGCCUGUUUUUUUUUUUUUUUUUCGUCCCUCGCCUGUUUUUUUUUUUUUUUUCGUCCCUCGCCUGUUUCGUUUGUUUUCGUCCCUCGCUUCUGUAUUUUUUUUUUUCGUCCUCGCUUCUCUGUUUUUUUUUUUUCCCCUCGCUUCUCUUUUUUUUUUUAGUCCCUCGCUUCUCUGUUUUUUUUUUUCGUCCUCGCUUUCUUUUUUUUUUCCCUCUCGCUUCUGUUUUUUUUUUUUUUUUUUAGUCCCUCCUUCUGUUUUUUCGUCCCUCGCUUCUGUUUUUUUCGUCCCUCGCUUUUUUUUUUUUUUUCGUCCCUCGCUUCUGUUUUUUUUUUUUUCGUCCCUCGCUUCUGUUUUUUUUCGUCCUCCUUCUGUUUUUUUUUUUUUUCCCUCUUCUCUGUUUUUGUUUUUUUUCGUCCCUCGCUUCUCUGUUUUUGUUUUUUUUUUCGUCCCUCGCUUCUCUGUUUUUUUUUUUUUUCGUCCCUCGCUUCUCUGUUUUUUUUUUUUUUUCGUCCCUCGCUUCUCUGUUUUUGUUUUUUUUUUCGUCCCUCGCUUCUCUGUUUUUGUUUUUUUUCGUCCCUCGCUUCUCUGUUUUUGUUUUUUUUUCGUCCCUCGCUUCUCUGUUUUUGUUUUUUUUUCGUCCCUCGCUUCUGUUUUUUUUUUUUUUUUUUUUUCCGUCCAUGUUGCAAAAGAAGUUUCCUUGACUGCCACCUUCAUUGACCUAAACCGUGAUGGUGAAAUUGAAAUUGUUGCUUUAAAGCCAAUUCACCUAUUGUGUCAAGGUAACCUUGGAAAUCCUGUAGGAAAUCUGGAAUGGUAUGUUGCUACAGUUGGUGUUGAUGAGGACGUUAAGGAGAGUGACUACAAGAAAACCACUGCCAAUGUGACAAUGACAGAUGCUAAACCUGUGGCUGACUCUUGUCAGACAGUGCAAAAAAGCAGCAUUAAGUUCUAUCCCAGUAACUCCAUGAAAGUGGGUAUUAGAUGCCAAGUGCAAAAUGAACUAGGCAAAACAUCACAGGAAAGGAUUUUUAAGAUCAUGGAUCCAGUUGAUUCGGAAAAAGUGUCUAAGACUUUGAUCAUCAUUAUUGUCCUGGCAGUGAUAAUUCCAGAAAUCAUCAUUGCAAUUAUUUUGGGAAUUGUUCUUUACAUUCGUAAAAAAAGACAGAAAAAGAAGAGGGAGUUGGAAGCUGCAGAAGCUGAAGAAAAAGCUGCCAUGCCUGAAAGACAAUCAAGGAACAGUUUUCAGAUGAAACAACGGAACUCUUCAAAAGGAGGUAGAAGGAAACGGGAUUCCUCCAUGAAGGAAAAAGCUGAUGCUCCAGAGAAGCAAGCCAUGACAGGCUAUGAGGAUGAUCCUGAAGCAUGUAAGUUGCUAUUGCUGCCCCCCCACAAACCACAUGCGCACUCCCCUACCUCUCUCUCUCGGUGA